AGGAUCGUGCUCAAGCAACUAUACGUACGGAAGAUUCUCUGAAUCUGUUUGUGAAAUUGAAGCUAAAAUGGAGGAAAACAGUGCGGGAACUGAAAAGCGCUCAUGGCGUAAAGAUGAUUUUACUGAUUUGCUGUUUUCGUGGUCCUUGAACGACAUUUUUGACGAGGAUCUGUACAAACAGCAGGUGGAGAAGAUUCCAGAGGUAUUUGAAAGUGUGGAUCAUUAUCUUUCAUCAUUCGAUUUCCCUCUGUUAGAAGAAAUGCGAGCUGCAAUCGCUACUUCCUUGGAGACUGUUUACAAAGCUCCUUUUGCUGAAGUGGUUUCUUUCAAAGUGACAAAACCAGACACACUUCUGUAUAAUGUUAAAGUUGACAGCUGGAGAAACAAGAUUAGUGAUCGUGGAAAAGAGCCUUACAGAACAUUGCCUAAUGAUCUUGUACUCCUAUCGGAUUCAAAACCUGAAAGUGUUUCUGACUUGCAACGCAUUGGAAAUAUGUACACUUUUGCAUCCGUAGUUAAAAUUUCCGAGGAUGAGAAUGGUGACAGUUCAUCCUGUGAAUUCAAACUUAAAACCACAAGCAUGGCUGAAGUAGUUGAUCAGAAAAGCAAGUCUCUCUAUGUGGUAUACUUGACUAACAUAACCACUCACAAAAGGAUAUGGUUGGCAUUACGAAUGCGCCAAAAUCUGAAGAUCAUUGAGAAAGUAUUAGUCAAGAGUGACCUGACCAAGGAAAGUUGUGAAUUGUGCCCUCAAAAAUUUCACAAUGAAGUGGAGGAGAAAUUUCGAUCAACUUUAUUAUCCAAGUCAAAUGAAUCACAACUUGGGGCAAUCCGGGCCUCCAUAUGCAAAAUUGGAUGCAAUCACCAUCCAUCCGUGGAACUGAUAUGGGGUCCACCUGGCACUGGCAAGACAUCAACUUUGAGUACCUUGCUGUAUAUUCUCUUGGAAAUGAAUGUGAGGACCCUCAUAUGUGCUCCAACGAAUACUGCAAUUACAGAGUUGGCUUCUCGUGUGACGGCACUCGUGAGAAAUUCAGUUAAAACUGAAAGUGGGAAGAGCUUGUUGACUUGUCCUUUAGGAGGCAUGCUCCUCUUUGGGAACAAUGAUCGCCUUAAAGUUGGCUCUGACAUCCAGGAAAUCUUUUUAGAUUACCGGGUUGAUAGGCUUACGGAAAUCUUAGUACCACUAACUGGCUGGAUGCAUUGUGUUUCAUCCAUGCUUGAUUUUCUUGAAAACUGUGUCUCUCAUCAUAGGAUCUUCGUGGAAAAUGACAAGAUCCACUCCCGAGAACGUUGCAAUGGUGAAGCUGUGCGGUCUGAAUCAAACUCACUUCUGGAUUAUGCUAGAGAUCGAUUUAAAAGUUUAGCACCGCCUUUGAGAAAUUGCAUGCUGACAGUCGUCACUCAUUUACCAAGAAGUUUUGUUGACAAUGGGAACCACCAAAAGAUAAUGCAACUUUUUUCUCUUCUUGACUCGCUAGAAAAGUUGCUGUUUGAGAACAAUGGCAUUACAUGUAUGGAUUUAGAAACUAUCUUCAUGCAACAAAUAAUGACCGGUUCUGAAUCCUUUCUCGAUACAACAUCCUUACAAUGUGUCAGAAGCCAGUGUCUGUUCAUUAUAAAAUCUCUUCAGACUUCUCUUAGUAAUCUUGGCUUUCCAAAAGUAUUUGGUAAAAGUUCAACUGAAGAAUUUUGCUUCCAGAAAGCUUCACUGGUAUUUUGCACUAUAUCAUCCGCAUUUAAGCUACAUUCGGUUGAUAUGGAGCCCUUGCAGUUACUGGUUAUCGAUGAAGCAGCUCAGGUUAAGGAGUGUGAAACAACCAUUGCGUUUCAGAUUAAAGAUGUGAGGCAUGCUAUCCUGGUUGGGGACGAGAUUCAGUUGCCAGCAACUGUAUCAAGCAAGCUGUCUGAAGAAGCUGGCUUUGGGAGAAGCUUGUUUGAAAGAUUAAGCUCAAUGGGACAUCCCAAACAUCUACUUAAUGUGCAGUACAGGAUGCAUCCGGCAAUCAGUUGGUUUCCAAAUGCAAAUUUUUAUCAACACCAGAUACUUGAUGGACCUAAUGUGCAGAGCAAAAGCUACGAACGAUCAUAUCUUCCAGGGAAAAUGUUUGGUCCCUAUUCGUUUAUAAAUGUUCGUGGUGGAAGAGAGGAGUUAGAUGAUGUGGGUGUCAGCAAAAGAAACAUGGUUGAGGUCGCCGUGGUUGUGAAGCUAGUCCAGAAACUCCUCAAAGCAUGGAAUAGCUCAAAGGAAAAUCUUAGUAUUGGUUUAGUUUCUCCCUAUGCUGCCCAAGUUGCAGCAAUUCAAGAUAAGCUCAGAUCUAGAUACGAUAACCUUGAGAGGAUUACAGUUAAGGUGAAGUCAAUUGAUGGGUUUCAAGGUGGUGAGGAAGAUAUUAUAAUUAUAUCAACUGUAAGGUCUCACAGAGGUGGUUCCAUUGGUUUCUUGUGUAGUCCUAAAAGAACUAAUGUUGCAUUGACACGAGCCCGUCAUUGUCUGUGGAUAUUAGGAAAUGAGAGAACUUUGUGUAAAAGUGAUUCAGUGUGGGAAGAAAUAGUAUCUGAUGCCAAGAAUCGGCGAUGUUUCUUCAAUGCUGAUGAUGAUAGCGACAUUGGUAAAACUAUUAUAGAUGUGAAAAAGGAGUUGGAUCAACUUGAUGACCUUUUAAGUGGGGAGAGUACACUUUUCGAAAAUUUAAGGUGGCAGGUUUUGUUCAGUGAGAACUUCAGGAAAUCAUUUCAGAAACUGAGAUUUUCAAAUACAAGGAAGUUGGUCAUUAAUUUGUUACUAAAACUCGGAAGAGGUUGGCGGCCUCGGAAAUUAAAUGUGGACUGGAAAUGUGACAACUCUUCAUACAUCAUAAAACAGUUUAAGGUUGAUAUAUACUAUGUUGUUUGCUCCAUUGACAUGAUGAAGGACUCCAUCUAUAACCAAGUUUUGAAAGUGUGGGACAUAUUGCCUAUGAUGGACACCACAAAAUUGUUGAAAAGAAUUGACAGUAUAGCUUCUAUGUAUACUGAUGUUUUCAUCAACCACUGCAAUGACAAGUUAUUUGAGAGGAAUUUGGAGGUACCAAUGAGUUGGCUGCGCUCUCAUGACAUACCACGUUUUAAGAAUCCUAGUAGCACAAAAUCAGCCUCUGGUGAAAGUACUGGCUCUGUUGAAUGCAGAACUUAUGUUGAAAACUCAAAAGUUAGUGAAAGCCUGUUGCUGAUGAAAUUCUACUCUUUGUCAUGUGGUACUGUAAACCAUUUGCUUUCGGAUAAUGAUGGUAAAUGUGUUGAUCUCCCAUUUGAAGUUACCGAUGAGGAGAGGGAAAUAGUGCAUUUUACUAGAAGCAGUUUCAUAUUAGGUCGUUCUGGCACUGGGAAGACGACUAUUCUAACUAUGAAACUGUACAAAACAUUUCAGCAGUACUGUGUUGCUUCACGGUAUUCUGUGGCAGCUGAUGACAAUGUGAGUACCACAGAUGAAGAGGAAGGGGAAGAUGAAGAUGAUGAUGGCAAUAUGAGUAUCAGUGAUGAAGUUGAUGUUGAACCGUGCCAUGGUAGAUCCACAGAUCCUGUAUUACACCAGCUAUUUGUCACCGUUAGCCCAAAACUGUGUCACGCUGUUAAAAAGAAUGUAGCUCAGAUGAAAAGCAUUGCUACUGAAAACAACUCUGGAGAUGACAGCUUCACUGGUAUGGAUGAUGUUGAUGAAGUUUCUGAAUUUAAAGAAAUCCCAGAUACUUUUGUUGGCAUUCAACAGGAAAAAUACCCUCUUAUCGUUACAUUUCACAAGUUUUUGAUGAUGCUCGAUGGCAGUCUGGGAAAGUCAUACUUUCAGAGGUUUCCUUUGGUAAGAGAUUCCCCUCAAUUCGGAGACAGAAGAUCAGUAGGGCUCCAAUCUUUCUUGAGGAAUAAUGAGGUUACUUAUGAUCGGUUUUCUUCGAUAUAUUGGCCCCAUUUCAAUGCCAAGCUGAAAAAGAGUCUUGAUGCUUCAAGAGUGUAUACUGAGAUAAUCUCACAUAUUAAAGGAGGUCCUCCGGAAGGUGGAGCAUCUGAUUACAAGCGAAGCAGGCAGGAUUACAUAUCAUUAUCUGAGAGUAGGAUAUCCACUUUAUAUGUGGAACAGAGAGAAGCAAUUUAUGAUAUUUUUGAAGACUACGAGAAAAUGAAGUUAGAACGUGGUGAAUUUGAUCUUGCUGAUUUUGUGAGUGACAUUCAUCUCAGGCUCAACAAAGAAGAUCUUGCAGGUGAUAAAAUGGACUUCGUCUACAUUGAUGAAGUCCAAGAUCUUACAACAAGGCAAAUAUCCCUUUUCAAAUACAUCUGCUACAAUGUUGAGGAAGGGUUUAUGUUUUCUGGUGAUACAGCACAGACCAUUGCCAGAGGGAUUGACUUCAGGUUUGAGGAUAUUAGAUCCUUGUUCUAUAAUGAGUUUGUUAUGGGAUCUCAAAAUCGUGAUUUGUCAGGGAAGAAAGAGAAAGGACUUAUAUCCGAUAUGUUUAAUUUGUCCUACAAUUUCCGUACCCAUACUGGAGUACUUAGGUUAGCUCAAAGUGUUGUAGAUCUUAUAUGCCAUUUCUUCCCACAUUCUAUUGAUGUACUGCCCCCUGAGACGAGUCGUAUAUAUGGCGAGUCCCCGAUUGUUCUCGAGCCUGGAAGUGAUGAUAACUUGAUCAUUUCAAUUUUUGGACAUAGCGGAAAGAGUAGUGGAAAAUGGGUGGGCUUUGGUGCUGACCAGGUUAUUCUAGUACGGGAUGAUUUAGCAAAGAAGGAAAUUUCCGAGUACAUUGGUCAUCAAGCUCUCAUUCUGACUAUAGUGGAGUGCAAGGGCCUUGAGUUUCAGGAUGUUCUACUGUAUAACUUCUUUGGCUCCUCGCCGUUGAGUAACCAAUGGAGAGUUGUGUACAGUUUCCUGAAUGAAAAAGAUCUUCUUUCUGGGGAUUCUGGGAAUUCCUUCCCGAGUUUUAGCCAGUCAAAGCACAAUCUCCUAUGCUCUGAGUUGAAGCAAUUAUAUGUGGCGAUUACUCGAACAAGGCAAAGAUUAUGGAUUUGUGAAAACGAUGUAGAGGUUUCCAAGCCAAUGCUUGAUUAUUGGAGGAAGCUGUCUCUUGUGCAAGUGAAGAAAAUAGAUGAUUCUCUAGCGGAGGCCAUGAAGAGGGCUAGCACUCCGAAAGAGUGGAAAUCACAGGGUAUCAAGCUCUUUUGGGAGAAGAACUAUGAGAUGGCGACAAUGUGCUUUGAAAAAGCAGGUGAUGAGACUUGGGAGAAAAGGGCUAAGGCCUCUGGACUUCGAGCUGUAGCUGAUAGUCUACGCGGUUCAAAUUCUGAAGAGGCAGCUACAGUGCUUCGAGAGGCUGCAGAAAUAUUUGAUUCAAUCGACCGAGUUGAAUCUGCAGCUGAAUGUUUCUAUGAACUGGGGGAGUUUGAAAGAGCAGGAAGGAUCUAUUGGGACAAAUGUGGUAAGUCAGAACUAAGAAAAGCUGGUGAAUGCUUCUCAUUAGCUGGAAAAUAUGAACUUGCUGCAAAAGUUUAUGAGAGUGGGAACUUCUUAAGAGACUGCUUAUCAGCUUGCUCCAGGGGGAAACAUUUUAACCUCGGUUUGCAGUAUAUUGAGCAGUGGAAGCAGGACGCACUGUCAAACAGUGUAAUAAUGGAUAAAUUUACGGAGAUUGAUAGAAUUGUACAAGAGUUUUUGGAAAAUUGUGCUUUAGAGUGCCACAAGGCAAAGGAUGCAUCACUGAUGAGGUUUGUUCGAGCCUUCUGUUCCACAGAUUCCAAACGAAACUUUCUAAGGUCAUUGGAUCGCCUUGAAGAUCUUCUGGUUCUGGAAGAAGAGUUGGGAAACUUUAAUGAGGCUUCUGAGAUUGCGAAGAAUCUGGGACAUACUCUGCGUGAGGUUGAUCUGCUGGAAAAGGCAGGGAAAUUUAAUAAUGCUGGUUCAUUAGCCUUUUCUUACGUUUUUUCUUGUGUUCUGUGGGGAUCUGGAAAUCGAGGGUGGCCAUUAAAAUCAUUUCCUCAGAAAGUGGAACUUCUAAACGGAAUGAUGUCAGUUGCACAAAAGGUUUCUGGAACCUAUCAUGCAUCAAUUCGUGCACAGUCCAGCUUUUUGUCUUAUGAUAACAAGAAUUUGUCUGAAUUGCUGCAUUUUUACAAUGCUUCAAAGCAAUAUGAAACUCCAAUUAUUGAAAUUCUUGUUGUUCGAAAACUUCUAGAAGUACAUUUUCAAGUGAAUGCCACCAAGUAUGAGUGGGACCAUGAACUUCUGUUGGAUCCAAGGUCGUUUUCUCAGAGAAUAGGGGUGAACCAAGUCUCUGGUGGAUCACUUGUUUACCUUUGGAACUUGUGGAAGGUACAUAGUUUAGAGAUAUUAGAUUGUCUCAACAGACUUGAAAAGAAUGAUUCCAUCGAAUUACAAGGUGUUGUCGGCUUCUGUUUUUAUUACUUUGGACUGAGGUUGCUUGAUAAUUCCAGUUUUGCCUUUCACUUGCUGAAUCCUGAAGCUGCUUGGGUAAAACCUGUUGAGGGUUUCAUUCGUUGGAACAAGAAUGUGGCGACUUUAGAAGUUCGUCAUUGUGCAUCAGCAGCUUCUAAGUUCUGGCUGCAAGAAUUAGUUUUUGUUGGACUUAAAGUGUUGGAGGCUCUUCAACGACUUUAUGUGUCUGCUUUGUCUACGCACUGCAAAAGUAUGUGUCUGCUUUACAUUUUUGACAUUGCAAAAUUCUUCCUGGAUUCCAAGUUAUUUGAUUUGAACCGUGGAGACCGCAAUAAGCUACAGGGUUUUGUGGAUCAAUGCACUGUUUAUUUCAAGUUUCAUUUUCCUUUGGACACUCGAGAGUCUUUAUCAGAAAACAUGAUAUCUUUGAGAGAAACUGAACUCUCCAGGAAUUUACUUGAAGAAUGUGUUAUCAGAAAUAUUGGCGAAAAGGGGGAACUUACCAGUGGUACGAUUGGACGGGCAGUGAUGACAAUGCUGGGUAAUGACAAGCUGAAUCAUGGCUUCUAUGAUAAAAUUUCUGAAAGGUUUUCAAACGGAACACCUUGGAAGUCAUUCAUCGAGAUUCUGAGGGGACCUACUGCAUCAGAUUCUACAAAGGAAGCGAAAUCUGGUGAGUCUAUUGGAAGUGUGUCGCAUUCACCAUUCGUGCAAGGAUCUUCACUUAGGUGCUCAAGGGAAGCUUUGGGUCAAGCACUGCUUAGAGCUUUGGAAGAAACUUAUAACAUCAAUUGGAGGGUGUAUGACUAUAUAUCUCCACACUGUUUCAUUUAUCUUGUGGAAAGAAUGUUGAUCCUGGCUCCUCAUCCAAGCGGCAUCUUAUUCACAACGAAAUCCUCAUUUGUUGAAUACUUGGUAAGUAUGCCACCAGAUGCAAAUCCUAAAACUAGCUUGACCACGCACAACAAAUCUCGUCCUGAUGCCAUGAUCAACUUUGUUUGCCUAGUGGUUGACCAGUUUCUUUGUAACAUGGUUGUAACUGUAGAAUGGAUUAAGAGAUCUAGCAUCAAUUGCAAUUAUUAUCUUCCUGUGCUUCUGCUGAGAUCGCUCAUGAUUCUGUGUGAGUUGUCUAUAACAUGGGGCUUAAGCUUUGAUAUAUUCAAUCAGAAGAUGUCUCGAUCUGAUAUUACAAGGCAUCUGCCAAAGGUGUUCUACGAAGCUCUUCGACCUAGAAGGCGAGGUUAUAUUCAAUUUGUUUCAGCAGUUUCUACUGCUUUCAAGCUUAUUGGUGAUCCUCUUGUCAUUGUGGUUUCGGGCGACAUCACUCACAGCUUCAGUUAUCCUGAUGCGGUCCUACUCGACUUGAGGUCCUUCUCUUGCAGAGCUGAUAUCAUGAAGACACUGUUUCCUAGGAUUACAGCAGCAUCUGAUCAACCUACUAUGGUCGAAGGAAAUGUGACCGAGCCUAGCGGUAUAGUCACGUCUCCUGUAGUUAGCAAUGAAGAUAAGAACACUGUCAUGAAAUCUUCAGAAAUGGUCUCAGCGACUGCUUCAAGCUCAGGGAAUGGAUAUGGGAAUUCGCUAAUAAACUGGGAGAAGGUGGAACUGGAGGGGCAUACAAGCUUGAUUACUCAUGCUAUUGAUAGUGCAGUUGUCGACUCCAAGGAGAAGGGCGAUGACAAAAACUGUGACGGCGAUGCUGAAGAUGAAGAUAGUAAAACAGAGGAUUCAGCAGCAGUCGAAGUUGAAUCUGAUCCCAGCAACAAGGGGAAAGGAAAGAAGAAGCAGACAAAGAAAGGGAAUUCAGCAGCUGAGGAAGUAAAGCCCAAUCACAGCAACAAGGGUAAAGGAAAGGGUAAGAAUAAAGGCAAGUCAAAGAAAGGAAAAGGAGGUAAAAAGAAGUAG